CACCUAGUCCAGCACGUCUGUCUCCGCAAUGCGACGUGGCUUGCAUUCAUUGUUAGCUCUCCUUGCAACCUCUGACAACUUCCCUCGAGACAGCGCGGACAGCAACAUCUGAUGGAUCGCGAUAAGACCCAAAGGACCGGGCCCAGGCCUGACAGCAGAGGCGCAGAGACGAAUAUCCGCUUCACCUCUCCGCUUACCAUAACCAGCGCGUCUCGCAGAAGAAGCUUGUUUUCGCGACCCCGGCCCGAGGAAGAUACGGCUCGCCCGACGAGCUCUGGCUCGGUCUCUGACACCAACGCUGCGUCGUCGAACACACGGAUUCCUCGCCCCGCCGCUCAACGCCGUCCAUUCACUCUUUCUGAUGCCUAUCGAAUGGCCGAGGAAGAGGAGGCAGCUCAAGGAUCACCCAGUCCAGCUCCGCGGUUGUGGCGAUCUUCCACCGGUCGGAAGCUUACCAAGAAGCGGAAUACUGGCUCGUUCAACUCCCAGCAAAGUGCAGGCCUUAACGAGAAGCAUACCGGGGCCGUUCAUGACGAUGGCCCUGCCGACAACGGUGUCCAAUCACAACAGAGCGAUCUUUCCGAUAGCACCUUCGACGAGAAGCUGCGUCAAUAUGCGCUCGAUCAGCCAGUUUCAGAGGAGCCAGUUCGCCGGAGCAACGGCUUAUUCUCCAGAUCGAAACUCGGCAAUAGGAUUGUCGAGACGGGAAGGGGUCUAGUACGGAAAUCCAGUGGGGGCAGCUUUGACGGAGGUGCCUCACCUCGACUCGCUAAAGCAACAAGUAGCCCAUCGCUUUUGCGACGACUAUCUGGGAGAUGGGAAUUAGGCGAUACAGCUCCAGCUCGGGACUCGGCCGACGGAACACAACCCGACCAGGGUUCUCGCGAGGAGCUGCUACGGCGAAGCACCUCUUCACUCGCGAGAGCUGAAACAGCUGUUCCUGGCCCCCAGACUCCGAACAAGAGUUUUGCUUGGGAAGCCGAUGCGGACUUUACAGCUGGCGACUUACAGGUGUCGGACAGCCCCCCUGUAGCUAUCAAGCGCAGCAACACCAAGAUUGAUGAAAUACGAGCUUUGGAGGCCGAGGUCAACGAUCGCUUUACUGGAAGCCCUCCGCACCGGCCGCGGAAUCUCAUAGACAGCCUCCGCGCCCUGGAGAGCGAAGCCGCCCUGAAAGUGCCCAACGUGCCUCUAGAGUCAGACGAGGAUUUUGACAAGGACACUCGACAAGCGGCAACAGAAACUGAGAAUACAGUUUCACGGGCCCGGUCGGUCAGCCGAGCAAGCGCGUUGAUGGACGAGCUUAGGUCGCGUGAGAUCGAGACCUUAUCUAGGAGAGCGCUCGCCACGGCUAGGCUGGAUGAGUUUCGGGAAAGGAACAUCGGGACGUCACGUUCACCAUCGCCAGAUAUUGCGCGGAGGUCUAGCAAGGAGCCAAUGCGGACAUCCUCUUCCCUCGGCGACAGGUUGCGGAGACAGCACAGCGACGAGUUAGCGAAUGCGGUGCGAGCUCAAGAUGGCCCGACCCGCCCGGGUCACUCCUCGGGCGAUGCAGCAGAUACACGUAACGGCCAAGAGACAGGCGAAGACCAGGAGACUCACCGCAGUAGUUCACAAUCGAAGGAUGAGCCACGCGAUGUCUUGCGCCGCUUGGCGGCUCACACAAGCGCGAGCGACGCGCCGGAAGUACAAACGGUUGUAGAUAGCGAAGCCAAUCCUGUGACUCGCAACCAGGACGUAACGGAAGGGGGGACUCAGAAAGAGUGGGACGGCGGCGCUAAGCGCGACGCUAGAACCGUCGCGUUCGUCGGGCUUCAGAGGCGUUCAUCGGUCGAGUCGCGGCUUUCGAAGCGGAGAAGCUUCGUGAAUUCAGAAGCGGACCCCACAGAGCGCAUAGAGGGCGAAAUGAAGCUCUUCGCACCGGUUAAGAACCAGUCGGAGAAGGGCUCGCUUCGGGCACCGUCGCCAGAGCCGGAGGAGACGCCUGAGGAGACACCCAAACCCACCAAACCCGAUCCUUUGACGCUGCCUACUCCCAAGGUUAUAGGGGCCUUCGUCGAGACGCCAGCCACCGUCAAGGUUGAGAACCCGGACGAGCCCGCCACGAGGACAGCUUCUGAGGACAAAGCCACCGAACACCAAGCGACCUCUUUAGGUGGCGUGCCGGCGGAUGAGAGCGAGAAUUCUAAGCCUCCGGCCCCCCCGCUUUUUAGACAGGGGAAGGAUGGGGCGGAGCGGCGGAAUCAUAAGCGUGCACAGUCAGCUGCAAGUGACAGAGCUCCUGGCCGUUCAUCGUCGCUCUCUGCCCGCCGGCGUGCCAGAUCGUUCUCCCGAGGUCGCCGCCCGCUGGUCAACUCAGCCAGGCCGCCAACCGUCAAAGACGACCUUCUGGAAAUCCAGCGGGCAAACCAUAUUGAUGAUUCAACGCUGGACGACAUCGCUGAGCUGUUCGGCCAUCAAGAUCCCCUUGUCGCGGCCUUCGGCUCGGGUGUAGUGAAGACUGAGAACAGCGACAACGAAGCGGGCCCCAGGGAGAAGGAGCUCGAAGCGUACGACCGCCUGAAUCGUUCUCUCCAGACUGGCCUUCUCGGCAUCCGGACGGCAAAGCAAGGGAUUGAGCAGCUUGAAACCAAAGUUUCGCAGGCCGAUAUCAAGGGGCAUUUGCCCCAUGAGGCUCACGGCGACAGGCCCGAUGGAUCAUCCCCGUCGUGUCCGAGUUGCCAUGGGUCAAAGGCCAUGAAGGAUACGGCCGUUACCUACGUCCAUCUGCCCCUUCCCCGCCUCUGGCAACGGCGGCCAAGGUUUCGGUUUACGUUUCUCGGUCUUGGCCUGUUCUUGCUUUCGCUUUGGUACAUUGCAGAAUCCUUGAUGUGCUUCCAGUACUGCAAACCGGAAUACUGUUACCCCGGCAUGGCAUGCGACUGGUCCUCGGAUGAUCCGCUCUGGGGCUACGCCAUUCCCGUGAAGCUAGACCAGUGGAUGACUGGCGGACGAGGCAGAGAGUUGGCGCACCACCUUCGCCCCGAAGUGGAGGACUGGUUGGCCGAUAUGUGGGACGCUGCAACGGGAACUGAUAUCGGUACGGUAGACACGUCUCGCUACAGCUGGGAGCAGAAGCGGCAACAUAGGAGACGACUGGCCAAGAAGGGCCUUCGCAAACCCUUUGUCGAGCGGCCAGAGGACAAGGCCGUGUUCAACUUGUGGAGAUCCGUCAGACAGGCUAAGGAGAAGGCACGGGCUGCACAUGAGAUGGGGUAUGAGCUAGAUGAAGAUGAGAGCAUAACUCGUGAUGAGAAGCUCUAGAGAGUAGGUUGGAGGAU